CCCCCGUCUUCUCCUUCUUCUCUUUCUCAAUUCCUCUCCCAAAGAUCAGCCAUGCGGGGUGUGCAGAUCUUCUCGGGGAAUUCCCACCCCGCCCUUACAGAGACCAUCUGUGAGCGGUUGGGAACCUCGCCUGCACCAGCAGACCUCGGGAAAUUCGCCAAUGGCGAGACCAGCGUGAACAUCGGCGUCUCGGUCCGCAACCAAGAUGUCUACAUUGUUCAGAGUGGCAGCAGCAAGAUCAAUGACAGUGUUAUGGAGCUGCUCAUUAUGAUCUCGGCGUGCAAAGGUGGUUCGGCCAAGUCGAUUACUGCGGUCAUGCCAUACUUCCCCUACUCCCGUCAAUCCAAGAAGAAGAGUCAUCGUGGUGCCAUCACGGCCCGCAUGCUCGCAAACCUCCUCUCCAUCGCCGGUGUGGACCAUGUGAUUACCAUGGACCUGCACGCAUCCCAGAUGCAAGGCUUCUUUGGCAAGCCCGUCGAUAACCUCUUCGCCGAACCGUUCAUUGCGCGCUGGAUCCGGAUGAAUGUGUCGGGCUGGAGGGAUGCGGUCGUGGUAAGCAAGAACGCCGGCGGUACCAAGCGAGUCACCUCGCUGGCCGAUACCCUCAAACUGAACUUCGGCAUCGUGACCACCGAUCGACGGCGCCCCAAGGUUCCUAUCAACACGAUGUCCGAUAGCACAGUAUUCUUCGAUGCCGUUGAGGAUGAGGGACGAGGCUCGAAGGAGCCGCAGCCGUUUGAACUUCGUCUCCACCGUUCUCUAGCAACCCCUCCCAUCCCUGAGGAGAUGGAAGAUAUGGACUCACCCCGAGACCUGCUGCGUCCUGAGACUCCUCCAGCAGCUCGCCGGCCCUCAGAGCUUGAGAUUGAGUACACCGAUGUUCGGGUUCGGGAUGUGGUUACUGGCCGUCUGGUGCAGGGCCAGCUGGUUGACGAUGACUACCAGGGGUCUGAAUCGCACUCUGGUGGAACCACCCCCGGAGCUGGCGGUAGUAGCGCCCACGGUGAAAACACCGAGGUCGUCCCCGAGACCAUGUUCAACUCUAUGAUCUCGAGCGUUUCCUCAUUGCCCCCAGAUCAUGCCCUGGGUGGUUCCUUUGACGCUGUUGAGUCGGAUGACGAGGCCAGCGUUGCCGGUUACGACCACGAGCGGACCAUCACGCUGGUCGGUGAAGUCCGUCAUCGACCAGUGUUCCUCGUAGAUGACAUGAUUGACAAGAGUGGAUCGUGGAUUGCCGCCGCAGAGACGGUUGUCAAGCGUGGUGGUGCUGCCAAGGUUUACUGCAUUGCCACUCACGGUCUGUUCGGAGCCGAUUCGCUCAAUCAGAUGGAGGCUUGCCCUUCCAUUGACCACAUUGUCGUGACGAACACAUUCCCGAUUGAGCCGUCGAUGCUCAAACGGUCCAAGAAGCUGAUCGUGAUCGAUAUCUCGACUCUUCUGGCUGAGAGCAUUCGGCGGCAUCACUACGGUGAAAGCGUCUCGGCCCUUUUCCACCUUAAUGACUAAAUGAUGGCCCCUUUGGGCGGAUGGCUGUGACGAACUUGACUUGACAUCUUUCUAGGGCGGCGUUGAUGACUGAUUUGCAGACUCCGAGAUCUCUGCAUUCUUGCGAUCCCACGGCAUGAUACCUACUCUUUUUUCUACAAAAUGAAAACAAACCCAUUCGAAGAAGUCUGCCUUGCCCAGACCCGAUCUGUAACCUUCCAUGGAUCUCAUCUCAAACUAUGAUGAGAUCAAUCUUUUUCUUGUUUUUCUUCUCUUUUUUUUAUCACCCCAGCGAUGCAGUCCACUCUGGGUACUGCAGGAGCAUCUUGUCACCCACAAGGUGUUCUUAACGGAGCGUUGGCAGAGCAAACACCGGGUCUGAUCCGGAUUGUUUUCUUUCUUCUUCGGAAGAGAGGAAGCGAGAAGGUUCAGACCUUACGAGGACUGAAGGCACCGGUUUCUUAAUUCGGGGGAGUUUCUAUUUGGAGACUUCCUCGAUGCCUUCUGGCGGUGAAACCGGUGCAAGAGAACCCCUCGGAUAUCAUCGUGAUUGUAGACUAGCAAAAACAAUCUUCUCAACCGUCGAUUUAUCAAUGAAAUCCCGUUUCUGUUCUC